ACGACCACUUGAUUUUUAGUUAAUUAUUAUUUAUUUUUUACUAUGAAUUAAAUUUAUGGUUUAGUUUUAACUUUCCGGAACAGUAUUUAUCCAUCAAGUAUUGAAUAACUUUAACCAAAAAACAAAAAUGUCUUUUGGUGGUUUUAUUGAUUUUUUUCAAAAAGGAAAAACCUUUAGGCCGAAGAAAAAGUUUUCACCUGGUACUCUUCGUUAUUCGCUGUAUAAACAUGCACAAGCUUCUUUGAACUCUGGCAUAAAUUUAAGAUGCGCAGUACAAUUGCCACCGGGAGAAGACUUAUAUGAUUGGAUUGCUGUUCAUGUGGUUGAUUUUUUCAAUCGUAUAAAUUUGAUUUAUGGCACCGUUUGUGACUACUGUAAUGAAACAUCAUGUCCAACCAUGAGCGGUGGCCCAAAGUUUGAAUAUUUAUGGGCUGAUAAAGAAAGAUAUAAAAAACCAACUGCACUACCAGCACCUCAGUAUGUUUCUCUGCUCAUGGAUUGGAUUGAAGCACAAAUUAAUAAUGAGAACCUAUUUCCAGUAUCUACAGAUGUACCAUUUCCGAAGACUUUUAUGCCACUUUGCAAAAAAAUACUUACUCGAUUAUUCAGAGUAUUUGUCCAUGUUUAUAUACAUCAUUUUGAUCGAAUUAUAUCUAUAGGAGCUGAACCACACGUAAAUACAUGUUACAAGCAUUUCUAUUAUUUCAUAACAGAGUUUGAUCUAGUCAUAAAUAAAGAAUUGGAACCAUUAAUGGAAAUGACAUCAAAAAUGUGCCAGGAUUCUCUUCAAAAUCAAUAAUAUUUUGUAACCAAAAUAGUAUGAAUUAARAAAAAUUGUAUAUAUUUUAAGAAAUACUAUGAUGU